UGGUCGUUACACCAAUGGUCUUCAUCGAAAGAUUUUGCUUGAUCGAUGAGAAAAUUUUUACUAUUGAAGAAAACUUUAAUCGCCAAACGUUCUAAAGCCUAGAAAGUCAUUGGAAGAGUGGAAAGAGCUCAU